CACAAAUACCCUCUCCAGAAUCCAGAAGAGAAUAAUUAAGAUAUUUUCAAAAUGGAAAGUUCCCAUGACAAAGAUUUUUGCCUUCCUCACCAAACUAUGAUUUCCUGAUGUUCUUAAAGGUAGUGUACACCAGAUUUUUCCAUUCUUAUUCUGAAUGUAGUUUUUUUUGUGUCUGUGUGAUUUGUUUCUCAGCCUGGGUUGCAGGCUAGCAGCCCAAGACAUAUACUGCCCCAUUUGACAGCUCAUUGUUAUUUUAGUUUCAACAUAUACAUAAACUGGACUUACAAUUCUGGAAAAACUAAAGGCUCAAGAAUGGAGCUGAGCACACACUGUGUGCUAAGGAAAGAAUAUUUGGAUUGAAUUGAACCCCCUGCAGAACGUGGACUAUUCAGAGACACUGAAUUUGGCCUUGCAUGAAUACCUGCCUUGGGUUGGCCAAUUAGUAGUCAACAGCAAUGAGCCAAAAGAAACAAACCAAGUUUCAAAAUGUCAAACCAAAGACUUCAGAAAAUAGCUCAGCUAAAUGUGAGAAAGGAAUGGUUGACAAUGGUGAAGAGAUUUUUGAUGCAGUCGGGAGAUCAAAAUUUGUUCUAAAGAACCUUCGGCAUUACACAGUGCAUCCAAAUUUGGCCCAGUACUACAAGCCUUUGAAGGCAAAUGCACUACAGAAAUUCCUGGCUCAAAACAAGAAAACCACAAGCUUCAUGUUAAAAGUAACAGAGUAUGACCAGGAUAAGACCUUACUGAUUAUGACCAACAACCCACCUCCCUGCUCAAUCACCCAGCAAGACAAGGAGAGUGCAUCAAAAUACUUUUCCAAGGAGUUACUGCGCAAGAUCAUGGAAAGUCAUCAUCAGCACAAACCCACUGAGAACCCCUGGCUGCCCUUGAUGCCUCAGAAAAAAAAAUUAAGAUCUAAGCUGAGACCAAUCUUCCCUUUGAUACUGUCGGACGAUCCUACAUCCACGCGAGAACAAUGGUUUAGGUUUUCCACCGACAAUGAUUUCAAGAGCGAAGGGAAGUAUUCAAAAAUCUACGCUUUGAGGACACAGAAAAAAAUGUACCCUCAGCUCACCUUUGCUCCAGUCUGUGAGAGAGAGAUGAGGAAAGAUGCUUCCAAGAAGUUAGCGAGUGAAAGGCUGAUUUCCAAGGCGAUUCGGGAACCACUGACACUCGCAUCGCUCCUGGAAGAGAUGCCCACCAGAACCGCGCCCGGGGAGGGCGCCUUCCGCAACGGGAGGGCUCCGCUGUGCAUGAUCAAAAAGGCCACGGUCACCGGGUGAACACAGACCCCUCAGGCCUCCCGCCUCGCUCUUCUGAGACUGAAGGGUCCGCAUGAAAGUCGCCAAUGAAAUAAAACCACAUUCCUGCU